AUGGCAACACUUCAUGGCAGUUUACAGGUUGCCCUCGACCGUUUUCCUACCUGCGAACGUCUAGGAGAACCUUCAAGAUAAUGGUGACCGCGACAGGCAUUUGGAGAGAUUAUGACAUCAGAUUUUCUGUCAGACCACUUGUCAAAGAUAUUUUGCCUUCGUCUUUCUUUGCGACGACCACAACGUCAUUUGUUUGGAUUGACCCACAGAUGAUAAGGAGUUCUUCAGAGUAUGUGACUCAAAUCAGAAAGUCAGCAAACCAGAAAUGCAUCAAAGUGGAGGCUGUAAGUUUUGACGUGGGCCACUUUCAAGAGCAAGGAUUUGGUUCAAGCAGGCCUAGUCUGUCCUUUAUGCCAGUAUCUGACUGGGUCACCGUCCAUAAUGGGCCUAACAUUUCCUGCUUUGACCUCACCAUGGGAUGCAGGGACUCCAGAAGUAACGCCUCACAAAUUUUCAAUAAAGAAAGCGAUGUGGUCACUGUCUUGUUGAAUCGGAGGCUGGAGUUCACUACUGGAUUCUGGCUCAGCUUUAAAGCAACAGAUUUUUGCGAUUGGCCUGUAAUCCAGUUGAGUGGACGUUCGGGAAAAUUUCAACCUCACCCCGAAUGGAAAAUGAAAAAUUUGUUCUGCACAUGGGAACUUCGGAAAAGCCCCAAUUUCUAUCCGGAAGGUUUCAGAGUGAAAAUAGACAACAACUUUUCUGAGACAAGCAAGAACAGAUUCAGUGUUUUUGAAGUUGGCCAAAAUGAAGUUGUGAAAAUUGCUGACGUCCACCAGGACUAUGGCAGAAACUUGUGGAUGUAUUUGGAUGGUGGUGCACGCUUAGAGGUCCAGAUUUUGUCUGCAUCUGAGAACCUUUCUCCUAUUACCUUCGACUUUGAUUAUGAAAUUGUGCAUUCUUUUCCAAGACAAUGCGGCGCCUAUGGACUGAAGGCUCUUGCUUCUCCCCAGCUGGCACACACCGUCAUGUACCCCAAUUUUUUCCCCCGAGAGACGAACUGUACCUGGAUCAUUACAAAAGAUCCUUCUGUGAAAAGUUCCUCUAUCGUCAUUGACUUUCCGGACUUCACCUGUGACUCACGCAUGUCACUGAAGGUUUACACAUUGCCAUUGUUGGUCAGUAGCUACAGAUGGCGUUUAGAAAGUAGGACACCAUGUUUUCACACACACCAGAACAGAGCAGCUGCCAGUCAGAGAUACAGUGCUGAAGCCCUCAAAAUAGAGUUUACGUCUCUGGAUGCUCAUCCUGGUUUCGAGUUUACUUAUAGAAGAGGUGGAUGUGUAGAUGCUACGAUUGAUCUCACCGACUUUGUUGAUAUGAGCUACAUCCUUCAUGAUAAGCUUCCGGCUGAGGAACUGUUUGGGAGAGAUUGUCACUUCAGAGUGAUAACAGAACCAAGUCAUAAGAUAUGUGUCACUUUUGAAGAACUUUCUCUCACCAGUUACUCCAGUUCACAUUGCAGAGAGAAUUACUUUACAAUCAUUGGUGUUGGUCACAAUGAGAACUCCUCUCUUGGAAUGUUCUGUGGAGCAUAUGCAGAGAAAACCAGCAUCUUCAGUUUGGGAAAUGUGAUAGAACUGACACUGCAUGCUGAAGCAAGAACAAGUUUGGACAUAGUUUAUAGCAUCACCCUUAAGUCUAUUCCGCCAGUUACUUGUCCAUUGACCAGUAUUGUUCAUGCCGGUGAAUACUUUCAAACCCUUAGAUACACCUUCUACCCCAUUGCACAUGACAGCAGUGAGAAAUGCAAGGCUUGGUUUAUUAAAAACUCGGACAGAAGCAAGUAUAUCAAUGUUCGGGUAGAAACCAAUGACUUUGAUACUCUUACUAAUGGGUCGUGCACCGGUGACCAUAUCUCUGUGGAUGAAAUUGAUACCAUUACUUCAGAAGGUUCCCACAUUCAUCUUGGUACAUUUUGUAGCUAUGGAUAUUGUAGCCAUUCAGUCAAUGGUUCAGUGGGCAAAUCAAUGAUCAUAACAUUCACAGUUGUCCCACCUUUAAGUGGUCAAGACUUCAUUGCAUAUUUCAAGCUUAGGGAUCCUGUUCAAGAUCGCCCUGAGUCUGAUGGUAGCAGCGGUUCGUCAGACACAAAAAGAAUUGUUGGAGGGACUGUUGGAGCCACAGGCGUGCUUGCUCUGGGUGUCAUAUUCUGCUUAUGGUUUGCCUGGAUGAAAAAGCGCAAGGAAACGAGACAGGCCAACCACGAACGGCAGAAUGGGACAGUUAGUGUGACAAUGAACAGACAAGAGUCUUCCAUAUACAUUGUGAGGCCAGUUAUAGUGGACACUUUCAGCUCCCCGCCUCCUUACGCUGCCUAUGCCAACCAUGAGUAUGAUCCGGAACUACCUCCGUAUCCAGCCACGGAACAUGACCUCAGCCUCACAUAUCAGCGCCAGGACUCUCCUCCCAGCUAUGAUCUUGUGGAUGGUGCAGAUCCCCCGCCAUAUACAGAACAUGGAUCCAACAGCCACAAUGGAAACCCAAAUCAAGGAGGUGAGGUGACCAGCAGUGUCAGCGCCGAGCAGUAUGACAACGUGGAAGUGCCGCGUGCAAGUGCGUCCAGUAAUAGUGAGCCAAUCUACGAGCUUUCCUCCAGAGUCCAGUACCAGGGACAGGAGAACGUGUAUGUCGAACCGACCGAAAGCAGCAUGGAUGAGCCACCAGAAUACGAGUUUGUGUCUCCCGCCAACAAUUCCUCAACAAUGUACGACAACUACCCUCCUCCACCUCCAUAUGAGAACCUUCAAAAUCUCAUUCCAAUGCUGCCCACUCGUACCAGAGGCCACACUCGCAGAGGUCGUCUUGGUCCCCUCUAAUAUCCUGGUGCUUCCUCGGGACGCAGAACUUUAGAGCCCAAUCUUGUAAUUAUGAUUUUCACUUGGUUGUGCUGUACUUUCCAAGGUAGAAGUAAAGUGUAUGUGUGUGUGCCUGGUGAAAGGUACAAAAUGAUGCAUUUGGAAGAAUCCCAUUUUUUUUUGCAUUUUCAUGUAAAGGGAUCAUUUCUGAACAAUAUGCUUUUUGAAUUUGUAAGAUAUCUUGAGUAGUUAUUGAGAUAAUGGUGAUUUUGUAAGGCAGGGUAUGGAAACAAAGUUUUGAGAAGAACGGCUUCAAAGUUUCCCCUUUGUUUCUGCUUCAUAUAGAUAGAGGACCUGACAACACAUUCGCUACUCACAAACCAACUUUAUAAAGCUGCUAAGAUAAAAGAACAGCUUCAAAAUGUUUAUAUUACGUCUUCAAAACAAAUUCGCCACCACCUUGAGCACAAAUUUUCAAGAAAUUAGAUCUAGGUUUGCGCAGGGAAGAAAUAUGCGAUACAACUUGCUCUCCAAAAAACUGAAAGGGUGUGGAUGCGCAAAGCUUCACUUUGUUUACGCGUUCCACAUAUUCAUGCGCAGUCCUCGCCACUAGAGAGGGGAGAGAAUGACCUAAAUUUUGGUAUGCAUUGUGAUUGGGUCGACUUUAUGAAUGGGCAAAAGAAACCAUCUGCGGUAUGUACUCGGAAAACCAAUUUUGUGGGUGGCUGGCGGGUGCUCUAAUGUGGUUCGCUUCUUCUUCCCUAUCAAACAUCUAUCAUCCUUAUCUCCCC